CAGGAAUUCCGGGGGCUUUGUCUUCUUCCUCUUCGAAUCUCUUCUUUCUACUCAGAAACAGAGCGAACGCUGUGGUCCUUGGAUGUCCUGUCUGCACACUCCAAUAGCUCCAACCGUCCUAAAGUCAUUGCCAUUGAACAGACUUACAAUGCUCCGUCUUGCCCAACCUCACAUCGGUCUCAGCCUCGCACGUGACAUCUUGAUACACCGCUGUCGCCCUCCUGGUGUAUAUGCAUAUGCGCAUAGCCUUCACAGAGCGUGAGGGUGCGCACACAAUGGCAGACACGAACCGGCCUGCGCAUGCGCAUGCGCAGCGUCCGCAGUCACCUCAUCCCAACCUGCGCGCACCUCUCUCUCUUCCACUUCACCCUCGCACACGAACCACCCAGCAACCAGAACCAAGUCAGUUUUCAACAGUCAAUCAUGGCAUAACAACAACAGUGUUGCCGUAUGUUUUGAAGACGCCUCCUCCUCUAAGGAACCGAUCGCGAGAGUCUCCAGCAUUGUUGUCGCCUUCAGGUCCGCCGACGCUUCGUGCUGCUCAGAUCGACAACAGCUGGCUGUCCAGUCCUACCAAAACACCAAGAUCGACACAACCUAUUCGACGCGAGACUUCUAGAGAUCACUUACCGUCAACACCAGAGAAACACAAGAAGACGUCCUUGAAUCUCAUAUCACCGUCCGCGACGCCAGCCAGCAUCCUCCCAAUCCGGAACAGAAGCAAUUCAUUCCCCACGAGACUGGCAACGCCACGACAGGCUGAGCAGGAUACCAGUAUCAUUCCCAAUCCACUACCAACUCCAGUCAAGGCAGUGAGACGUCGAGUGGUCGUUAAGAUGGCAGACAUAGAAAUGGUCAUGGGUGAGAAUGAUGAAGGAACAGCAGCCAACCAGGCCGGAGCUGGAGAGUCAGCAAUGUCGAGCCCAAUGAUCGUCCAAGCAGUCCCGGUACCCGACAUUGAGCCACUCCUCCCACAAAUACCCAAUCCGCGACUUGUCCAGAAAUUCCAGAUCGGCCAAGAGGUCUUCCUACUCGACAGUCAUGGCAAUAGCACCAUCUGCUCGGACACCAUUAACCCUGCUCAUAUGCAUAUGUCUAUGCUUUCCUUUGAGAACCCGAACUCGGUCGGCAAUACCUACAACCCCCAUCAGAUGGACACGCCCAACGUCUUCAUCAUUGAGCGACGACUGCGCUGGUUUUCCGAAAAUGGCCAGCCCGCGCCUGAUGACGGUGCGUGGCUCCUGUACAAGUUGAUUCCCAGAGACGGGUACGGGGAAGAAAAAAUGGUUUCACUCUCCUACUGCCUGAUCCAAGUGCGGUUCAAGCCUGGCGACACGGUCAUUUACCUCAAGAAGGGGGUCGCCAACCACCACGUCACCAAGUUGGAGGCGUUGGUGCGCGGGGCCGAGGUGGUCGGCCGCAAGAGAGUGUACACCGUCUACCUUUGGGCAACCGAGACGGUGGUUCUCCAGGUCCAUGAUGAGGACCUGGAGGACGUGGAUGAGUACUUGCGCCAGGAGGGCCUGGGACACCAAGAGCUGGAGGGUUGAGUUGCGCGGUUGGAGCGUUGGGGGGUCGACAAUACUGAUACCUUGGCGGCAACCUCCUGUACAAACGAGGCGGCUUUUACUUCCUGGAUGGUUAGCAUCCGUGAGCACAAUGUGAAUGAUUGAAACAGA